GUUAUUAUGAAAAAAUGAAACAGACCACUUUGAAACUUAAUCGAGUUAUACCAUAUUCAACAACUUCUCAAGAAUAUAAACUAAUUACUGAUAAACUGGUUAAUUGGAUUGCCAUAGAUACCUUACCAUUUACUAUUGUAGAAAGUCCAGCAUUUCAUGAAUUUAUAUCAUCUUUGAAUGAAAAGAACAAUCCUAGUAGUAUUGAAUUAGAAUAUUUGACUGAAAAUGAUUGGAAACAAAUUGAUGACUUGUGUGUUAUUUUAAAACCAUUAUACAUUGCAACCAAAUUUUUAUCAUCAAGUUCACCCACUUUAAGUGAUGUGCGCAUUACUUUUACUGCAUUAAUUAAAGAAUUGAAAAAGGUAAUUGAUGGCAACAAUGAACAUUAUUUAAUUGCAGAUUCAGUUAAUCAUAAAUUAAAAGAAUAUUGGAGUCUCAUGGAAAAUAACACACGAAUCAGUUCUGUAAUUGAUCCAAGAAAUAAAUUAUCUGGUUUUACACUACAAGAAAUUGAAGAAUUAAAAAAUGAAUUUAAAAAUCUUAUAGAUACAUAUGAACCACUGAAUCAACAAUUUAAUCAUCACACACAAUCAUCAACACAAGAUGAACUUGAACAAAUGGAUAAUGAUAAAAUUAUUUUAGAUGUUGUUGAAGAAACAUCUACACCUGAUGAAAAUAUAGAAGGUGAUGAAGAGUUAAAUUGGACUGCAGUCUGGACUGAACCAUUGGUCUUUUACGGACCAUUUUCAAAACUGACAGUUUGGUCUGACUUUAAAUAA